AUGUCUAGUUUAUCGCAACAGCUUAAGGCGAUUAACGCGAUUAACGAGAGCAACGCCUCCGUUGCUCUUGACAGAAAGAGUAGGUCUAAAAUCCACUCAAAGUCGCUCAUUUACGAACCAAAGGUCGCUGCUACUCAGGACUACGAUUAUCUUUACCAGGUGGGAUUGGAAGGUAUCGAAGAGAUUACUCAAAUAGACUCUAGAUUCAACAAAUUCACACAAACCCUCUUCUCUGGGACCUCUAUCAACUUGGAUAGAAACGUCCAAUCCAAAGAUAUAGUCGAUCAGCUCAACAAGAAUGUUGAAGCAUUCUUGACUUUAAUCGGACCAUAUCUUCAAUUGUCACCAGCUAUCAAGGCUCUCGAAUGGUUGGUUAGAAGAUUUCACAUCAACAUCCAUAAUGCAGAACUCUUCUUGAUUGUUGCAUUACCAUACCACAGCCAAGGUAUCUUUGUCAAAAUAUUAAACGUUAUUCCUAAGGGGCUGUUCCCAAAAAUCUUUGACUGGUUGUUGGGAUACAAGGAAUUAUUGAAGUUGGUACCUUCAAGCUCCAUAUUAAAGGCAUUCCACAAUGAUUUCGAAAUCUUCAAGUUGUAUUCCUUGUUCCUUAUUGAGCAAAUCAAGAACUCCACCAUUUACAAGGAACAGUUAGUGUUUUACUUGACCUUCACUGUUCAACUCUUGGCUUCCUUGUCAAAGAAGUUGGAGACUUUAAAUGAAAUAUACAUGCCGGUUGUUUUAGAAGUUAUUGGAGUCAUGUUGACUCCUAAGGACUUCAAGUUUUCAAGCUCUCUCAGGCAUGAUAUCAAGUUGACAAGUUACUCUAUUAUUGCUGUUCUUGGAUCGAUUGUACCAUUGUCACACCAAGUCACUGUUAGCAUAACUGAGUCUGUAUUGGCUGAUCCAAAGGCUUGCGAACAGGACACCAUCAAGCAUACUUUAAUUGCUUUAGGGCAAUUAUGGAACUUCAACAACCAAGAUGUCUCUGAAAAUUGUUUCAAGCAUUUGACCCCUGAGACUUUGGUAGCAAACAAGGAAUUAAUCUCAUCCUUAACAGGAGAAUACAAAUUGAACAAGUUCUUGAUUCAAUACUUUAUGGCCACUUUCCCUCACGAGGAAUCAUACAACGUCUUCAAGUUUAUCGACUUGAACGAGUCUUCAUUCAGAAUAAUCUUCAACAAAGUUGUUGUCAGCACCUCUGAAUCAGUUAGGCUUACAGCAAUCCAAAUCUUAGAAUCAUUGUUGAAGUCCAACUCCACAUUCUUUGCUGCUUCUUUAAAAGAUAACAAUCUCAAGAUUGAUGACUUGGAAAUGAGGUUAAUGACCACCUUGGGUGGCUCGUCAGAUCUUCAUUCCGACGACAUCGUAUUUGAUGGGGACAUUGAGAUCGACGAAGACGAAGAAGCUCAUGAACAACCUGUGGAUAUUGACUUGGAAUCCUUAAAAACUACCACCGCCAACUUUUUCGUAGCUGGUCAAGAAGAGUUCAACAAGUUGUCGUUUGCUUUGGUUGCUCUUUUGAACUCGCAAAAGAACUCCUUUGACAAGUUCGACCAAGUUUUUGCAAGUUCAGAAGCUUCUAUUUCGUUUUACUCCAGAGUGGCUUUCAGUCCAUCCGUUCCUUUAAUUGUCAGAGUGUCCACUUUGAAGCACAUUGCUUCUCAAUUAGGUAAAGUGUCGAAGUCUGCCGACUUGUAUCUUUUGGUUCCAAUGUUCCUUCUUGGCUUAGCUGACAGCAACAAACAAAUUAGAAGCGCCAACAUUGAAGUGUUACAAGUUAUCAGAGACCACACCAUCGCGAUCCACAGUGGUAAAAAGAAGGUCAAGACUUCGCUUUACCUCGAAGACCAAAUCUACGGUUCCACCGAACCAGGAAAGAGAGCUAUCAUUCCUCCACAAGACGCCUUAUUCUUGAAUGAGGUUCUCUUUAAGGAUGAUUUAUUAGACGAUGUUCUACUCGAUAGCAUGAGAAUCAACCACAUCUUAUUCCUGGUUGUCUUCAAGAGUUCCAAGUCUGGACUGAAGAAGAUUGGCCAAUUGCUUUUGAAAACAUUCAUUUUAAACCAAUGGUCAUUGCAAACUCUUCCAAUAGUUUUCAAGUGGAAAAUUUGGAGCAUUAUGGCUACUGAAAAUGCCAAGGGCGGCGAUGAUAGAUUUUUCUUUGCCGAAGAUUUGGGCGAGUAUUUCAACAAGAGACAGUCACUAAUUGAACAAGCAGAUGAAGCCAAGAUUUCAUUUUUUGAUGAAAUUGAGAAGCCUAUUGUUGGCUUAGUUGGAGGUGAUCCUUCAGAGAAGAAUGCCACCAAGGAAGUUUCCUGGAUAAUUCAAGGGUUGGAAAAUCAAUCUGCUAACUUGCAAAUUGCCAGUAACCAAAGAUUGAUGCAAGUUUUCACCUGUUUCAAGUCUAUUGAAUCCAGAAUGAGCAUUAUCAACAAACUCAUUGAGUUGUUGACCAACGAAGACGCUAUCGAGAUUGAUGCCAUGGAAACCUUGCAAUCGUUGGAAAUUGACCACGAACUUUUCAUCGCUGCCUUAGGAAAUGUUCAGCUUAACUCCCAAAUGCCCGAACAAGGAGUGGUUAAGCGGAGAAGAAGAUCUUCCUCUUCUACCAAGCAGGCCAUGGCUAGAGAUGAUAUCAACAAUAUGGCAUCCACACACUUGAAGAAAUUGACUGUUAUUUUGGAUGUUUUGGACAAGAACUUGAGAAGCGAAGCUUCUGAUAUCGCUCGUCCUAAAUUAUUGCAAGCUUUAUUCAAGAUUUUGACCGAUUUGGAUUACUUGGGCAAUGAUGGUAACUUACCAGUUCUUUAUGCCCAGGAAACAUUGGCUUCUUGUAUGUUCUUGAGUAUUGUGAAGAUGAAGGCAAGUGCUCAAAAGUACAACUUUGAUUCCAACUCAAUCAGAGCCGAUUUGAUCGUUAAUUCAAUUAGAUCUUCCCAGUCACCUCAAGUUCAGAAUAGAUUGUUGUUAGUGAUUGCGGAAUUGGCCUCUCUUGCGCCUGAAAUCAUUCUUCAUUCUGUUAUGCCAAUUUUCACCUUCAUGGGUGCUCAUACUGUUAGACAAGAUGAUGAGUUCUCCAACUCGGCAUUGCAACAAACCAUUGCAAAGGUUAUUCCUGCUUUGGCCGCUAACGGUUCCUCUUCCAUAACUAGCGAGAUCGAAUUUUUGUUGACGAGCUUCGUGGCCGCUUUCCAGCAUAUCCCAAGACAUCGCAGGGUCAAACUCUUCACUUCUUUGACGAAGACUCUUGGAUACGAUAAAUCGUUGCACGCUUUAUUAUUUUUGGUUGGUCAACAAUACGUUAACAACUACAACAAGAAUAAGGUUACCGAAUGUGGUGCUAUUUUGGAAUUCACAUCUUCAUUCUUGAAGAGUUUCUCCGCUGGCGAACAAUUAGAAGGUAUUGAGAGAUUCUGUGAAUUAUGGGAUCAAAUUCCAAGUGCUCAAAUUGAUCCAAACUCUGACGAAUAUACCAAGUUAAGUACCAGAAGUAUUUUUGGACUUUCUAUCUUGUCAUUGAAUGACGAGGGCUUAUCUGUCAUGAAGAGCCAACUCUUGAAGUUUAUUGGAACCGUUUUGACCAAGGACAACCUGAACUACAACGGUGCCUCAUCUAUCAAGAUCAAGGUUGCUCUUGUGUUGUUAGAUAACAAGGUCAAUGAAGUUGAGAAGACUAGAGUUUUGGCAGGAUUCAGAAAUGUCACUUCCUUCUUGUUAUCAUCUUUGGAUGCUUUCACCAACACAACCCCAGACAAGCAAAUUACAUCCAAUUUGUACGAAUUGUUGGCUAACUUCUUAGACUUGUUACCAUUGAAUUACUUCGUGGAUUCUAUUCUCGACUCAUUGAAUGUUGACAAGAUUUCCGAUUCUUUGGCUAUUAAGGUUGCUCGUAAUUUUGCUGUCUUGUCGGGUACUAAGUUUGAAUCCGAAUUAAACGGAAGCAACAUUGAUGAGGUUCUUCAAGUCAGUAUUUUAGAGAAGUUGUUACCAGUUUUGAUCCAUGGUAUCAAAAAGAACACUGAUAUUGAGUUGCAACAAGCAUACUUGAAUGCUUUCGCAGUUAUUGUCAACAAGUUUGGUCUUGCAACUAAGGAAUUGUUCAAUGCCACCAACUCUAAGGUUUUGAUUGAUUCUUUGAAUCCUAUCACUUCUUCGAAUGGUUUAUUGAGUGAACAACCAGAAUUGAUUAUUUCUUCAGUCAACGCCAUUACCGCAGUUGUUAACACUCUUGGAGUCAAGACUAUUGGAUUCUUUCCAAAGAUUGUUCCACCAGCACUCAAGAUUUGGAAGUCUACCGUAACCAGUGAAGAUGAGGAAGGUGCUAGAUUGAUCCAAGCUUCUAUUAUGAUCUUGUUGUCAUGCUUGAUCAAGAAAAUCCCUGCCUUUAUGGCCAGUUCUUUGGACUCCAUUUUGAUUACAAUUUUGUCCAGUGACUUGAUUGAUUCUUCUAUCAGAUCCAACGUCUUGGGAUUGGUUGUGGACCAUAUGGACUUAUCUGCGGUCUUGAAAUCCUUAUGUAACAUCUGGAUUUCGAAGAAUUUUUAUGAGAAUCACAAUGCUGGCAACCUUGGUUUGUACUUGAAGACAUUGGAAUUAACCAUUGAAAAGAUUGAUAAGAAGUCAGCUUCCAACCAAUCUACUUUGUUUAUGAAGUGGUUGAUCCUGGCCUUUGAGUUCAGACAUUAUUCUGAGUCUUCUGGCAACAAGUUCGACAACAAUACCAUCCACAGACUUGAAAGUUCGUUCUCCACUUGUGGUAUCAGCUACGUGAUGAAAUUGAAUGACAAGAGCUUCCGCCCAUUGUUCGCCAAUUUGGUUAGAUGGGCAGUUGAUGGUGAAGGCUCGAACUUGAAAAACACAGAGGUGUCUAGAUUAUUGGCCUUCUUUAGAUUCUUCAACAAGUUACAAGAAAAGUUGAAGAGUAUCGUGACAUCCUACUACUCGUACUUGUUGGAUCCUGUAUCCUCCAUUUUGACCAGGUUUGCCGAAGACAAAUUGCAAGAAACAAACCUCAGAAGAAUCAUCUUGAACUCUUUGACAUCUUCUUUCAAGUACGACCAAGAUGACUACUGGUCGCAACAAGGUAGAUUUGAUAGCAUAAGUCAACCAUUGAUUUCACAACUUGCCAAUAUCGAAGAAGGUAUUGGGAAAUACUUGGUUAAGUCUAUUUCAUCAUUUGUUAACAAUGUUGCUUCUGAAGAGUACAAUGAAAAAUUGGUCCAUAGCUUGAUCAAGCAUAUCUCCAACGAUGGAGAUGCCACUUCCAGAUCUAAGAUCUGGACCAUCCGUACUAUGAAGAGUAUUUUCCAAAAGAUGGGCGAGCAAUGGUUAACCUACUUGCCUACUUUGAUUCCAUACAUUGCAGAAUUAUUAGAAGAUGACGACGAAGCAGUCGAAAUGGAGUCCUUCUUAAAGUCCGCCCAAUCCUUAAAGCCAUUGUUUGACCGUGUCUUGGUCCAAAGAUUGAAGCCAGCCACCCAAACUGCUUCUGGUAUCUACAUCCCAGAAAAGAACCAGGAAAAGUUGAACCAAGCCACCGUCAUUGCCUCUGGUCCAGGUAUCACCAACACCACCACUGGUGAGGUUAUCCCUACCUCUGUCAAGGCCGGAGACAAGGUUUUGUUGCCAGCUUUUGGUGGUAACCCAGUCAAGAUCGGAGAAGAAGAAUUCUUGUUGUACACCGACAAGGAAAUCUUGGCCAAGAUCGAGAACUAG